GUGGACCACGCCACGUGUUGCAAAAGCAAGGACACAAAAAAAACAGGUUCAGAAAUCAGCUGAUUUUAAUGUUUGUUAUGGAAGCCUAAAAACACGUUUUAUCAGCAUUUUGUUAUCACAACUUACUUUUUCACUUUUUUAAAAAUGUGUUUCCUGUUUCAAAUAGUUUCAAUUUAUUUUUCGUUGCUGUUAUUUUAGCAAUUUUUUCCACCUGACAAAUGACAAAAUAUGUUCAGGUGUAACUGAAACGUGUUUCACUCAUUCAAUGCAGUGGUUUCGCGUACGAGAUAACGUAUUUCUAUUCGUAACCUGUGGCCGAAUUUCCCAGUGGUUUGCCAGUAAUUUUGAAAUUCUGUCGUAAGCUCUCUAGUCAGUAUACCAGUACAAAUAUCAUAUCCAACAGUAUGCAUAGAAUCACCGAAUGCGAACCUUUGAAAACACUCGACGAUGUUCUGUCCUGGGACGAUAAAUCAGAUUGGUCCGUGUUCGUAAAACCAUUAAAGUCGACGAGUAAAUACUGCUACGAAAGUAACAGCUUCCAUUGUCACAAACGUGUCAGAAAACCGAUCAAAGCCCUGCGAUCGUGCGUUCCCAAAACACUCGUCUGUCAUGACAUGAAAGGUGGCUACUUAGACGACCGCUUUGUCAACGGAACCAAGUAUAAAGAUCAAUACCUAUUUUACCAUUGGCCAGCCAUCGAUACUUUCGUCUACUUUAGUCAUUAUUUCAUCACGAUUCCUCCUCUCAUGUGGAUCAAUGCAGCUCAUUUUCACGGCGUUGAAAUACUUGGUACCGUAAUCACCGAAUUCAACGAAGGCAAAAAAAUCUGGGAUCAGUUGCUAACCAAUGACGAUAUGAUGGAAUCGUUUAUAUCGAAGCUAGUCAGUAUUUGCAAACAUUAUAACUUCGAUGGUUAUUUAAUGAAUAUUGAAAAUAGUAUCGACAAACCACAUCUACCGAAACUGAUCACGUUUUUGGAGAAAUUGAAGUCUCAGCUGGGAACUCGUAAAGUCAUAUGGUACGACUCGGUUAGUUUGACCGAAGGUACGUUGACUUGGCAAAACGAACUAAAUAAGCAUAAUAAAACAGCGUUCGAAAUAUGCGACGGUAUUUUCUUGAAUUAUGGCUGGAAAGAAAUCAAUUUAGAGACGAGUUUACGAAACUCUGGAGGACGACAGCUCGACGUUUAUGUAGGAAUCGACGUAUUCGGACGAGGUGUUUUUGGAGGAGGUGGAUUCAAUACGGAUAAAGCGAUGGAGGUAGUUCGCUCUAACGGAUUGUCAAUGGCUCUGUUCGCGACUGGAUGGACUUACGAAACUCAGGCCAGCGAUGAUAAAUUCUUCGAAGUCGAAAGAAAAUUCUGGGCUAAGUUAUGGCCUCACUUAUACAUUCAUCUUCUCGAUACACUUCCUUUCAAGAUAACUUUCAAUCAAGGAGUCAGCCACGAGCCUUUUACUAGUUCUAUGCUAUGGUAUAAUCUCGCUAACCAGGAAUACAACUUACCAAUGCCAUCGUGUUUGAGUGAUAAUUUCGAAACUGGUUGUACUAGUCAUUUCUUCGACGACGGUGUUUCUGGAGGAUGUUCUGUGAUGUUGAAUUACAAGGAAUCAGAAACACAAUUUCAUCGAUUACUGCUGUGUGAUUUUUCGUGUAGUUUGGAAGUUCCCUUGAAGCUUACUAUUGUGAGUAAGUGGCCCAGUGAAUAUUCGCCUUUCAAGUUGAUAUUAUGGGUUGAAAAUGAGAUCAGGAACUAUACGAUCAUUUUACAAGUUUCUAAAGAUAACGAACCUGUAUCAGCGGAUGGUUAUGAUUAUAGCAGUCCUGCUGGGUUAAUAAAGCAGAUAAACGCCGAAAAAGUUACGAAGUUUCGCGAUAAUGAAUGGAUUUCUAAUGAAUUCAGCUUACCCUUCGAUGGGAAAAUUACUGGAAUUGAUGCCCAGUUGCAAGAUACAGUACUAAUUGGUUUAUUAUCGUUGGAAUGAUAGGUAUUCAAUGAUACUUAAUGUGAUGUGAUGUUUUUGUACGAGUAUGUAUAUUUUUUUCGUGCGUAGCUUAUCAAGUUUUUUACGUUUUAUAUUUUACGAUGGAAACAUAGUUAAUUAUUGUUUUUAAUAUACGUAUUAUUCGA